GCUGCCCAGCUCCACGCUGGCGGAGCGGAAGGGCUGGUGGCUGUGCCUUGCUCGGUGGGUGUGAAGCUGGAGAUCCCGGCGGAUCACUGCUCCCCGACAAGUCUCGCCUGCUUUUUCGGGACCUCGAGGUGCUGUCGAUGGCGACGAUGACGAUGCAGCUGGGUGGGCUGAUGCUGGCCGUGCUGGGCUGGCUGGGCUCCAUCCUCACCUGCGCGCUGCCCAUGUGGAAGGUGACGGCCUUCAUCGGCUCCAACAUCGUGGUGGCCCAGGUCUUCUGGGAAGGGCUGUGGAUGAACUGUGUGUACGAAAGCACGGGGCAGAUGCAGUGCAAGGUCUACGACUCCCUGCUGGAGCUCACCUCUGACCUGCAAGCGGCUCGCGCCUUGGUGGUCACCUCCAUCUUCGUGGCCUUCUUCGCCUUCCUCACCGCCAUCUCGGGUGCAGACUGCACCCGCUGCGUGGAUGACAAGAGCACCAAGACCAGGAUCUCCAUCGUGGCAGGCGCCAUCUUCAUCCUGGCCAGCAUCAUGCUGCUCAUCCCUGUCUCCUGGUCUGCUAACAGCAUCGUCAGCAACUUCUACAACCCCAUGGUGCCCGAGGCCCUCAAGAGAGAGCUGGGGGCUGCCCUCUACAUCGGCUGGGCUUCCAGUGCCCUCCAGCUCUUUGGCGGGGGCAUAUUGUGCUGCUCGGGACCCCCGUCCCAGCAGGACCCCUACCCCAAGAAGUACAGAGCGGUGAAAACCUGCAGCCCGAUGGGCUACCCCAUGAAGGACUAUGUGUGACCCACCACGCCCGGGUGCCAGCCCAAGGGACACCACCACUGUCCCCAUCCUGCUUCCACGC